AUAAAAGCUGAGCCAACCUGUGUUGACCAGCUAGAGUAAACAAAACAAUUAUUUUAUUGAUUGAUUUUUAGGCGGUGGGCGUGGCUAAGGCAAUGUUGCCUCCCCUUGACGUGCGUCUGCAAGAGAAGUCAAUCCGGGGCCCGGAUUCCGGGCUGGCCAAAACGGCAGCUGCUGAGAUUUUCUUCUUCUUCUUGCAAUUUGUGCACUUUUCCACAAUGACCGAGGCAGACCUGUACAUGGUGUACAAAGGGGUAUUGCUCCCCACUCUUAUACACCCUCCGCAGAGUUUAAAGCGGUUCGAGACAUUCACGUUCCGUCCAGAUGACGUUGUCAUUGUGACGUACCCCAAGUCAGGUACAACUUGGAUGCAAGAAAUCAUCCCCCUGAUCAUGAGCGGUGGAGAUCCUGCUUCAGUGGAGACCCUGCACAACUGGGAUCGUGUACCCUGGCUGGAGGAGGCUCGCACUUGCAGCCUCAAUCUUGAUGACAGGCCAUCACCACGCAUGUUCACCACCCAUUUCCUUCCCCAUAUGAUGCCACCAUCCUUCUUUCAAGUUAAGCCCAAGGUCAUUUAUGUCAUGAGGAACCCCAAAGAUGUUUUCACAUCAUCCUUCCAUUAUUGUUCCAUGGCCUCCUUCCUGGUUGACCCUGGACCACAGAGCGAGUUUCUCCAAAGGUUCCUCAAAGGGGAAGGUGAUUCAUCUGCAACUUAUAUUUGGCUCGAUCACGUAAAGAGCUGGCUUGAAUAUAAAGAGCGAAUAUUUUACAUCUGCUAUGAAGAAAUGAUAAAGGAUCUUAAAGACUCUGUGGCCAGACUCGCUCUGUUCCUGGAGAAAACCUUGGACGAUGAUGUGAUUGAAAAGAUAGCAGAGCGAUGUGUGUUCAAGAACAUGAAAAAGAAUAACAUGUCCAACUACUCUGCAGUUCCCAAUGAAAUCAUGGACACCACAAAGUCACAAUUUCUCAGGAAAGGAAUAGCUGGAGAUUGGAAAAACCAACUGACAGCAGUGGAAGUGCAAAACUUCGAUGCUGUUUACAGAGAGAGCAUGAAAAAUGUUGAUUAUGAAUUUGCGUGGGAUUAAAGGAGCCAUUUUAAUUAAAGGUCAUUUACAGACAAGCACUUGAACAAGAGAUGGCUUGAACAUGAUCAGCUCAUAAAAUGUUAAAUAUGUUCAGUUAUUAAAAUAAAGAGGCAAAAACGUCGAUGGAGUGCAGACACAUAAGUGUGUGUUAAAUUAGGGUGAACAGACGUCCUCUUUUUUCCAGGCUUUUGACUCGAUAGUUUAUGAAGCGGUUCAUGUAAUGACGCCAAGCUACCACAAGACGGCAGUGCCCCCAUUCACAUGUAUGUAACCCAGCGUAAAAUGAACAUGUCCAUUUUUCCUUUU